GCCUGCUUGGUCCGCUUUAUAGUGGCUAUUGCUGUCGUUGUCAACGUCUCGCGAUGGCUUUGAAUCUGGCACGGCACUCGUUUAAUCGGUGCUUCCACUAUACCUCCCGAUCCAUCUGUCAUCCCACAACAUAUGGUCGACAUAGGAUGCUCUCUCUCGUGAAGCAGCUGCACACUGCACCGAAUCGGCCUGGACUACGUUCGCUGCCGUGGCCUGCUCAGAAAAACGCAACUUUGCUUCGUGUCUCGCGGCGGACAUUGCAUACGACUUCAGCUGUGGCACAUGGGGAUAUUACGCGUCCAGAACCUGGAACUGGGAUCAAGUUACAUUUCAAGGAUUCCAAGGGGAAUUUGAUCAAAACAGUCGAGGCGAAUGAAGGCGACGACAUUCUAUCUAUUGCUCACGAGUACGACAUCGACUUGGAAGGGGCAUGCGAGGGCUCGAUAGCAUGCUCAACUUGUCAUGUCAUCCUCUCUCCAGAGCAUUAUGAUCUGCUCCCUGAGCCGUGCGAUGACGAGAAUGACAUGCUUGACCUUGCUUUCGGCCUCACGGACACGUCACGACUGGGCUGUCAAGUUCGCCUCACCAAAGACCUCGAUGGGAUAACAGCUACAUUGCCAUCAGCGACCAGGAAUAUGUUCGUUGACGGACAUAAACCAACGCAUCAUUAAACGCAGGUCUUCUGCGACACUCCGGCCUUUCCUGCCUAACACGAAAUCUCGGAGGGCCUACAUCUACACUAUACUCGGAUGAGCAUACUCCACUAACCACAUGCUUGUCCUGGAUAAUACCUGCAAUAAUCCCACCUC